CAAAAAUGACCCUUGAUGUUGGCUUGAUGCAGCCAACUGUUGUAAGGCCCGUGCCUCAUGCUCGUACGUCUCAGAAUUUAUGAGACUUUCCAAACCAGCUGCUGACUUGUAGCGGAAACUGCAGGAUGGGGAGUAGUAGUUCAGCACUGAAAGUUUGCACUGAUCACCAGGGAGGCAUCAAUUGGCUGAGCCUCAGUCCAGAUGGGCAGUGGCUGCUGACAGGUAGUGAAGAUGGCACUGCACGGCUCUGGAGCACUGCCGACAGCCAGUGCCGGGCCCACUUUCAAGGGCAUGAAAGCUACAUCACCUUUUGCCACUUAGAAAAUGAAGCUGCCUUUACAUGUAGUGCAGAUCACACAAUUAGAAAAUGGGAUGUGAUGACAGGUCAGUGCCUGGCUGUUUACCGAGGGCACACGUCCAUUGUGAACAGGAUCCUGGUUUUCAAGGAUUAUCUCUUUAGUGGCUCCUAUGACAGGACAGCACGUUGCUGGAGUGUGGAUAAGGAGAAGGCAAUCCAGGAGUUCCGAGGCCACCGCAACUGUGUUCUAACAUUGGCUCUCUACUCUGCAAAGGAUGUCCUUGAGGAUUCAGAAGAGGAAGAGGAAGAGGAGGAGAAACUGAGCAGGGACUUCCUGGUGACAGGGAGCACGGACUGCACUGUCAAGGUCUGGUGGGUGUCAAGUGGGCGCUGUCACCAGACCCUGCUGGGACAUACUGGGGCCGUCUUAUGUCUUAUACUUGAUGCUCCAAACAGGGAGCUCUUUUCAGGCAGCACUGAUUACACCAUUCGGACUUGGAAUAUUGUGACUGGUGAGCAGCUGAGAGUGUUCAAAGAGCAUCAAGGAUCUGUCAUUUGCCUAGAGCUUGUGAACCGACGGUUGUAUUCAGGAAGUGCAGACAGGACGGUGAAAUGCUGGUUGGCUGAUACUGGGGAGCGAGUCCGGACAUUCAAAGCUCACAAGCACACCGUCAGCACUUUGAAAUACCAUGCUGGGAUAUUGUUUACAGGCAGUGGCGAUGCCUGUGCUCGAGCUUUUAAUACAAAGACUGGCAUCCUGCAAAGAGUGUUUCGAGGUCACAAGCUUGUUAUUAACUGCAUCCAGAUUCACAAUGAAUUAUUGUACACAGCUUCCCACGAUGGCACGCUAAGGAUCUGGAACAUACGGCAGAUCUGCAAGAGGAAUAAGCGGCGCUUGAAAGAGAGGUCUAUCCAGGGCAGGCGUUCUCAGAAGGGAAGCCUGUCACGUCUCUUCAACAACAAAGUGGGCUGCAUGGUCCACCAGGAGAACGGAGGGGAGCAGGAGGCGGUGGAGCUCGUGUGAUGGCCGAGAGGAUGGGAAGCUUUCAAUCAACAACACAAGGGAACACCUGAACAAUUCGUGACCUACCAAGCCAAAUGCAGCCCACUGCCAGUUAUACUGGGCAGGCCCAUCAGGAUCAAAUUAAAUAUCCUGAUAUUUCAGCCUAUCUGGCCCAGUCAAACACCUGGCAGGCCAGACCAAAGUGGUGUGUGUGUGGCUGGUGGACUGUGUUCAGCAUGGUGGAUCACAAGCUGGGUAGGCUUCAUCUUGGCCUGAUGCUGAUAAAAUGUCAACAGAAGGAGAGUGCUUCUUUGCAGUCAUAUGGGGCUGGAUUAUUUAAUAACUAUUUCAAGAAGACGUCUUGAUUCUCAUGGACAUAUGGAAAUGUCCCUGAUUUGUUGGCCAGCCACAUCAUCCCUGAUUUAUCGUCCAUGGGGCUAUCUUAUGACAUCCUGCACACUGGCACGUGUAGAGUUCUCAGCAAAUGUAGCAUCUGGACCUGCAGAGCCAGUACCAUUAGGAGCAGCAGAGAAAGGGAGGGGGUAAUAGAGAUGCAAGGGUGGGAGAAGGCAGAUCUUUAACAGGCCAGUCAAAGAAGGCUGACGGCCUGGUGUUGUGUACAGGCAGUGUAUUGGGGAACAUGGGUAUAUGAUAAUAGUGUUUCCCCUCAAAUAUGCUUUGUGCCCAGACCUGGAAAACUAUUUAAUGGCGCAUCAGGAAAAAGCAAUUGCUGGGCGCUGGAAGUGUCCUUAAUGCACUUCUUAGGGUAGUGCAGGACUGUAGCUGAGCCAAAGUUUGGCUUAGUGUAUCAUCUGAACCAGGGGUUGUCAUAAAAGUAUCCUCCUUAACCAUAACCUGUUGCCAUAGAACAAAAGUAGCGAUCUUCACCACAAUCCUUGGUUUGGAUGACGCACUAAGCCAAACUUUGGUUUAGCUGCUGUGCCACACUGACCGAAAAAGCUUAGGGAGCAGAGUGGUUGCAGUUUCCUCCUUGGAGCCAGCAGGUGUGUGCAUUUGCACUAAGGUAUGGCUUAGCUUAGUGUGUGAUGUGGGGAAAUGGCCAUUGAGGCUUUUGAACUGGCCUCUCCAGCUGGCCCUUAAACGAGGGUUUGAUCUGCAUCAAUAAAUAGAUAAAGCAUGUUCAGCUCCAGGCCACAAAGAGCCUUGCUUGCUGAUUUUUGCUGAUUAAAUGUCUGCUAAAAUCCAAAAGCUGGAUUCUUGAAAGCAAAGCUGGGUUUGGGGGUGAGAGGUUUCUGGCAACAUUUGGCUGGUGGAAUAUGGUUGGGCUUGUCUUUGUGAGGAUAAGUUUGGAGGAAUUUAGUCUGGGUUCUAUUGGAGUGAAAUGUGUGGCUUUUUUUUGGAGGGGAGGAUAUUUUAGUUAAUCUCCAUGGGACUGGUGAUGGAAUAGUGCAUGAUUUAAGUUCUUUCAGGAGUAAAAGGGAUGUGGGUAGGUUCCUUGGUGGCAGAAGAAUCAGGGAGAUGUAUCUCCUGUCCUUCACUAGAGAGGAACCCUUGCAGCAAAGAUAUGUAUUGCACUACCGAGAAUAUUUGAACUAAGGGCUGAGCUGCAUCCAAGUCCAGCAGAGGGACUAGAAACCUCUGCUGGGUUUGAGAUGAGGCUUGUGGGAAUGGACGCUCUGAGAGAGAGAGAGAGAGAGAGAGAGAGAGAGAGAGAGAGAGAGAGAGAGAGAGGGGAGUCUAGCAAGGGGUUUUGGAAGACCCCUGUUUGUGUAGCUGAGCUUCUGGACAUGGGGAAGCAUCUUUACUCUGGUUCUUUCUCCCCUGACAUUUGUUUAGACAACCACUGAGCCAUAAACAUAUAACUGUUAUGUUGUGGAUCUUUGUUGUAGCACAGUGUGUAACUGAAACAAGUACUUUAAUCAUUUGUGUA